GUGUGAAACUCUUUGGGCCUCAUAAACAACCACAGAACCACAAGUUGGGUGCAGACCAGUCACACAACAGUGGGUCCGGGAUAUUGGUCAGCAAACAGCAACUCAUUCUGAUUUAAACCACAGAGUGCCAAGCAUUUCGUACAGUGGUGGGAGACCUGUGCUACCCGUUAGGACAACUUCACUGGACACCAUGGCUUCGAACAGCAUAUUUGAGUCAUUUCCUUCAUAUCAGCAAUGCUUCAUGAGAGAUACCAACACUAGCCGCCGGUUCACGCCGCCUUCGACAACGCUGAGCACGGCGAAGAUGGGUGACUCCCUCCCGCUGGCGCCGCCGGACAGCGCUAUGGGCAAACUGCGGCCGGCGGAUCGCAGCAUGGUCGACGUGUUAGCCGAUCAUCCCGGAGAGCUGGUCCGGACUGACAGUCCAAACUUCCUCUGCUCCGUCCUGCCGACUCACUGGAGAUGUAACAAGACCCUUCCCAUCGCAUUUAAGGUGGUCGCCCUGGGAGAUGUUCCUGAUGGGACUCUGGUCACGGUCCUGGCAGGCAACGACGAGAACUACUCGGCCGAGCUGCGCAACGCCACGGCCGUCAUGAAGAACCAAGUCGCCCGCUUUAACGACCUGCGAUUCGUCGGCCGGAGUGGACGAGGGAAGAGUUUUACGUUGACCAUCACAGUGUUUACAAACCCUCCUCAAGUCGCCACUUACCACAGGGCCAUCAAGAUUACCGUGGACGGACCCAGAGAACCCAGGAGACAUAGACAGAAGUUGGAAGAGCAGAGUAAGAGUGCCGGCCUGGCCUUCUCAGAACGGCUCAGUGAAUUAGAGCAGCUACGUCGGUCGGCCAUGAGGCUCAGCCCUCAUCACCCCACUACCGCUCCCAACCCACGGCCCUCACUGAACCCCACAGCCGCCUUUAACCCUCAGGCACAGACCCAAAUUCAAGAUACCAGGCACGUUCAGCCUUCUCCGCCAUGGACCUACGAUCAGUCCUACCCCUACCUUGGGCAGAUAACAACACCCUCUGUUCACCCUGCAACUCCCAUAUCCCCCAGCCGAGCAAGUGGCAUGCCAACAAUCACAGCAGAAAUUUCCAGUAGGCUUUCAGGAGCCUCCGAUCUCACGGCAUUUGGGGACCCAAGAAUGGGGAUCGACCGUCAGUUCUCGGCUCUUCCUUCUCUCUCCGACGGCCGCUUCCCAGACCCCCGAAUGCACUACCCGGGAGCUUUUGCAUAUACGCCCACACCGGUCACCACCGGCAUCGGAAUCGGCAUGUCUGCCAUGACAACUGCAGCGCGCUACCACACUUACCUGCCUCCCCCCUACCCAGGCUCUGCCCAGGGGCAGGCGGGACCCUUCCAGACCAGCUCCUCUCCUUAUCAUCUCUACUACGGUACCUCCACUGGCUCCUACCAGUUCUCCAUGAUGACCGGCGGGGAGCGGUCGCCGCCCCGCAUCCUCCCCGCCUGCACCAACGCAUCCACGGGAUCCAGCCUCCUCAACCCCAACCUGCCCAGCCAGAGCGACGUGGUGGACGCGGAUGGGAGCCACAGCAACUCCCCGACGAACAUCAGCACCACGGCGAGAUUGGAAGAAGCGGUGUGGAGACCGUAUUAAAUCAGCAAGCACCUUCGACCCACAAAACCCGCCCCAUCGGCGAAAUCCCCAGAUGGAUCUGGGGACGCACCGAGAGCUUUGACUGUGAAAGGAAGUCACUGCGUUUUGCUUGGCCACCCUCAACGAUUUUUUGUCUUUUCAUAUUCCCCUGAGUCGUUUCUCGUUUACUGGCAAAACAUCUUUUUGUCGUGCACCUUAUCUUGAAGCAAACAUUUCAUGUUUAUUUCAGCCUAAAUUGUAUUCGCCCUCCCACUCACCCACCCACCCUUUGGAUUUGGCGCCGAGGAAAUAAAUUGAGGUCUUUGUUUUCAAGUCGGAAGGCAAUUCUCAGCCAACCCUCCUGCCGGUGUCUGUUCUCCUCCCGGAGUAAAGCCUUUGGCUAACGGUCAUAGUUACCACAGUGCAGCCGGUCACGGAAAAGCAGCGUAGAGAUUUUGUUAGUAAAACAUAAAUUACCAUUUGGGGGGAGAGAGAAGAAGAAACCAGACUGAACUCACUUCAGUGAAUGAAAUGAAGCAAAUCUGAACUGUGGCAAGUUUCUGGGUCACAGCCGAACGUCAGUUAGUGAUCUUCUUCUACUCGCUCGUCACAUUCGGACAGACAGCCACCGCUUGGCACGGCCAAGAGCACUAACGUUAAACGUGUAUUUUUGUAUGUUUUCCAAGCAUCUUUCUAAAUUAAAAUGUUGACUACUUCCCACUGAGAGAGCCCGGCCAGGUGGAGCAACACCUGCGGAGAUUUGAGACGCACGAAAGUCUCUUUGCACCCUGCUGGGCGCAGUCCUCGCCGACGCGUAGAAAAAUCACACGCACAUUUUACCUAGGGUCGCUUCAUGCCUGUUCGAUACAGAGCAGACUUACCCAAGUGAGACCACCAGGGGAGAGAAUGGAGAGUCUCAAAGCUGACACGGCUCGUUUACAGGUUUGGGCGGAGCUGGCAGUAAGUGUGUUGAUGGAAAGUGCGGCAGCUCCGACGCUGGUCCAUCUCAUGGCGGUAACGUCAGUGGCUUUGACCCUUCCUCAGCCGCGUUGUUCACCCAAAGAGGCACCGCGCGUUAUUGAGCUGUGCAUGCAACAGAUGGUUCUAACCCUGCCGGCGGAGUCGAGAAAAUAGCAUUUCCAGAUGGUUCCCCUGGUUGAAUGACAGUCGACUUGCAGACGUGUAUAUGAAGGGGGGGGGGGGGGGGGGGGGAAGGAUGGACAGAUAACACUGCAACAUCAAACGGUUCCAGAUGUGUCAGGCACCACAGCAAGCCAGCCAUUGGGCAGACAUCUCGGGGCCAUGCGCAUUUCUGCCCAGUUACCGGAGCCAACUUCCAAAAAGUCGCGGCUUUUUUAUAGUUAUUUGGUUAAAUGUUAUUUAAUUUGCAUUGUGAGUGUUGUUUCAUUUGCUGGUCAACAGAAAGAUGAUGGCAAAGCGGGACUUUAAAUCAGUGUUUCAAAGCGUGGAACAUGAUUGGAAAGGGGAAGGGGUAGGGCUGCUGGCGGCAAACUAGCUGGAUUUGUUAUUUAAAGCUUGUGUUUUCAAGAAUUCGUUGUUUAUUCUUUAAAACAAUAUAUAAGGUGCACCUACGUCUAUUUGCUACCUUAUAACGUCAAGAUAUGUCAUCUGUCUUAAACAUGUGUGCAGUGUGUUGACACAAGACUGGAUCAUUUACGCAAUUCCGAUGAACUAUAAAUAUUAUCAGUUUCUUGAGUCAAGCUUAUUAUUGUACCUAUAUUUGUAAAUAAGCAAGAGUUUUUUUUAAAGAAAUCCUCCAGCUCCUCAUGGCAAGUAAGUGUACAAACAUCACUCCGCUCCAGACCGCUUUCAAAUAUCACCUUUUGGUCAAAGAAUUUUCAAUGACAUUCGCAAAACUCUAGUUUUUUUUCUCGUUUUCCGUACCUGGAUGUUGUAGGUGUAGAAUCACAUGCAUUAAGAAAGCUCUUCCUGUUCACUGCAGUCCAACUAUUAGACGCCUUUUCUUCCAGAACGGCAGAUGACUACAGCGGUGAAUGAUACCCAGAGCGGCUGGACUGCUGCAGGUUAUCUGACGGACGUGUUGACAUUCAUACUCUUUGUACCAAAGUUUGUUGAACAAUUUCAUAGUUCUGUCGCUGGCUAAUAAAUUAGU